AUGGCGAGGCAUUGGUUUUUAACAAGGCACAGAAACCAAUAUCUCUUCGUGCCAAAUCUCAUCGGCUAUGCGAGGAUAUUGAGCGCUCUGUGCGCCUUUGCCAUUGCGCUGCGCAGCCCAACUCUCUGCGUUGUCUUCUAUUUCUUUGGGUUUGUGUGCGAUGAGUUGGAUGGGAGGUUUGCGCGCAUGCUCAACCAAUCCACCAUGCUGGGCCAGGUGCUGGACAUGGCCUUGCACAGGCUGUCCACGGCGGGGCUGCUGGCGAUCCUGGGCAUGCUGAGCCCGAGGUGGUACUUUGGGUUUCUGGCGCUGCUGAUGCUGGACAUAUUCAGCCACUGGUUCCAGAUGUACGCCACCAUGGCCUCAGGCGCCUCCACCCACAAGGCCACGGACAGCCGCAGCGCUGUGGUGCGAUUUUACUACAGGCAGCGCCUGUUCAUGGGUUUCUGCUGCGUGUGCUGCGAGAUCCUGUACCUCUCGCUCUACCUGCUUCAUUUCCCCGGCUACCAGCGCGCGCCCCUUGUGCCCCUGCACCUGCCGGCAGCUUGCUUGGCUGACGUGGCGCCUGAUGUGGCUGCAGGCAGCGUGGCGCAGGCGGAGAGCGUUCCCUUGGCGGCAGUGGUGGCAGUCCUAGCAGUGCCGGGCUUUGUGAUCAAGCAGUUUAUCAACUGCGUGCAGCUGCGCUCAGCCAUGCAGCUGCUGGUGGCGACCGACAGGGACCAGGACAGCCGCAGCAAAAAGAAGACACAGGAGGCGCUUGAUGCCCUGUCAAAGAUGCAGUGA